AUGGCACCGUAUGAAGCUCUUUAUGGAAGAAAGUGCCGAUCACCAAUAUACUGGGAUGAAAUAGAAGAAAGAAAGGUUUUAGACCCAACUGCAGUACCAUGGAUCGAGGAUGCGUAUGAGAAGGUGAAGGUGAUACAUCAGAGGCUUCAGACAGUGCAAAGUCGACAGAAGAGCUAUGCCGAUAAUGGACGAACGGAUUUGAAGUUUGAAGUUGGAGACAAAGUUUUUCUAAAGGUCACACCACUUCGAAGUCUCACGGCGGGAAAAGGAAAGAAGCUUCAACUGAGAUAUAUAGGACCUUUAGAAAUUCUUCAACGAGUAAGGAAUAUGGCUUACCGGUUGGAAUUACCAGCAAGUCCAUCCAGGAUCUAUGACGUGUUUCACGUUUCUAUGUUGAAGAAGUAUCAUCCAGACCCCACUCAUGUACUGAACCCAGAAGAAAUUGACAUUGAUGAAUCGCUGACUUACGAAGAAAGGCCGGUACAGAUCUUAGAUCGAAAAGUAAAGGAAUUAAGGACUAAACAAAUACCCUUGGUAAAGGUUUUGUGGAGAAAUCAUGAGGUAGAGGAAGCUACUUAG